GGAUAGCAUCUCUCUCUCUCUCUCUCUCUCUCUCUCUCUCUCUCUCUCUCUCUCUCUCUCUCUCUCUCUCUCUCUCUCUCUCUCUCUCUCUCUCUCAUGUGAUCUUGACAAGCGAAGGCGAAUCAGUCACGAACCUUUUCAAGGGUAUAAGGAAUCACCAAAGAAACUGCUGAAGUUGUACAUCUUCCUUGGGAACAACUGAGCGUGAGUCACAGUCACUCCAUCUCCAUCCAUCAGCUGAUUGUGUGCUGGCGGCGGUGGCGGCGGUGCGGCGGUGAGCUCCAAGAGUCCUAAGGCCAUGAUGAAUAAGGCAGUUUUCUUAGCAUGGCUUUGGGCUGCUGUGCUACUGCAGCCAACAUUCUCAGCUCUGUUGAGUGUGACAUUUGAUGGAUCUAAUUAUUAUACUCAUGAAAAAAUUAUGAAGAAUUGGGUGGCUAAAGGAAGCUUCCAUGACAACACAUUUAAGGAUGGAUGGGGAUAUAUGGAGAUAGAAACCAACCCCUCCUAUCCUGACACAAUCCAGGCCUAUGCUGCUGGGUUUGCUGAAGGUGCUAUGAGUACAGAUAUGAUCUACAAAUCAUACAGGAACACAAUGGAAGGAUUGUGUGAGUGGAAGUCAAAAGAAUUCUGUGACAAUUUGCGGUCCUAUCUCAAAACCAAUUUCCAAUGGAUGCAGGCCAUGAUUGCUCAGAAGAGAAACACUUGUCCAGUCUGGCAUAAUGUAGAAUUAGUUUUAGCUCAACUUCAAGGAGUCACUGAUGGCUACAAUAAAACUGCCAAGGAACCCAUGAUGGAAGGUGCAAUUCUACUGCUGAAUCUAGCUGGUGAUCUUGAGGACUUAGAAACUGCACUGAGUCCCAAGCUUCAGGAGAUGAGUAUGGAGGAAUGGGUGAAGUCUGGACGCAUUAUUGGGGAUGGCCACUGCUCAGCACUGAUCAAGGUUCUCCCAGGCAACACUGAUCUCUAUGUCUCACAUGUCACCUGGAACACGUAUCAGUCCAUGCUAAGAAUUUUAAAGAAAUAUAUCUUCCCAUUCCGCCGCACAGGAGGAUCAAACCCAGAUGAUAUGAAUCCUGGCCACACUGUUUCCUUCUCAUCUUAUCCAGGGUUGUUAUCUUCAGGGGAUGACUAUUAUAUAAUGUCAUCUGGGCUGGUCUCUUUGGAAACUACAAUUGGCAAUGGAAACCCAGCUUUAUGGAAGAAUGUUACAGCGACAGGAGAGCUGCAGGAGUGGAUUCGUACAAUUGUUGCAAAUCGUCUUGGCACUGAUGGCAAGACCUGGUCAAAUUUCUUCUCAAUGCACAACAGUGGAACUUACAACAACCAAUGGAUGGUUGUUGAUUAUAAGCUCUUCAAACCACGAAAGAAUAUCAGACGAAACACACUGUGGAUUUUGGAGCAGCUUCCUGGCAUGAUUGUGGCUGAUGACCAAUCACACAUCUUACGUAAGCAGUCAUACUGGCCAAGCUACAAUACUCCAUUCUACAAAUCUAUAUUUAAUCUUAGUGGUGCCCCAGCCAUGGUAGAACGUUUUGGUGAUUGGUUUUCCUAUGAUAAAACCCCACGAGCUUUGAUUUUCAAGAGAGAUAACAGUUCUGUUAAAAAUUUACGUACUAUGAUCAAACUGAUGAGAUACAACAACUUUCAACAUGAUGAACUCUCCAGAUGUAACUGCACUCCUCCAUACAGUGCAGAGAAUGCAAUUUCUGCCAGAAAUGAUUUGAACCCUAAGAAUGGGACUUAUCCAUUUGGAGCAUUAGGUCACAGAUCACAUGGGGGAACAGACAUGAAGGUUACAAACCUUAAAAUGGCAGGGAGACUUUCAUUUCUUGCUGUCAAUGGUCCAACAUAUGAUCAGCAACCAGUUUUCAAGUGGAGUGAAAAGGACUUUGCAAAUAAUACUCCUCAUUAUGGCCACCCAGAUGCAUGGAAGUUCCCAGUAAUUAGUGUCCGAUGGUUGUGGUAAUCAAGUUGAUAUAUAGAACAAAUACCUGAAUAUGGUUGUGACGUUGUGACACUGUAAUACUGCUGUUACCUAAAGUCUAUUUUGUAUCCAACAUUAGGGAAAGGGGUAAAGUAAAGAGGGAAUAUAUUUUUGGGAUUCCAACUGUUGUUCAAGGUAUACCCCAUUAUGAAUGACUCCAUGCACCUAGACCAUCAGUCCUUCCCUUGCUGGAAAUACCUCUGGAAUGGCUUCCAGGUGCAUUGUCAUGUUGUAAGGUCUCAUCUCUUUGAUGAGGACUCUUUCAGCACCACCUUCAACUCAGUCAAUAGCCAAAUAUUGUAUGUUGGAUAGUAUUAAUUUGAUUUUUGGAAGAAAUCUUGGAUCAUGUGCAAAGGUUGCAAAUCUAUGCAAGGAAUUGGAGGUGUCAGGAGACAGUUAACUUGUGAUUGUCAUACGAUAACUCAAUUUUAUCGCCUGAUUUAAGAUAUCUCCAUACAUCUUUCAUUGUCAUAUUUGCCUGUAUCUUAAAUUCAAGGUGCUUGACAGGGUUCUGAUUAGAGAAGCAGAACCUCUUGUGCUGCCAUUUCUCAUUCUAAAAAGGGGUUACAGAAAGGGAACAUCUGGUGGGCUAUAGUUAUGGUACAUGCUGCUCAGGGAGCAUGUUUUAUUUAAGGACUCCUAGCAAGCAUAAAAUAAGGGGUAUGGACAAAUUAAUUUAUUGGCAUCUCAAGUGCACCUCUCCUCCUCAUUCAUGCCUAUAGGAACAAUGACCAUUAUUAAUUACCAGAGUCAGUAUUUAUUUGUUUUGUCUUUGGUGAUGUAAUCAGCUUUUUUCUUAGGUUGAAAUGCAUUUUGUUCUGUACAUAUUGUGAUGUUUGCAAUCAUGGCAAUACCAUUCAAUCACAGAUCUUCACAUGUUGAGCUUGAAAGGUGUUGAUAUAGCAAAACACACGAAUCAAAAAACGCAAAACUUGCAGAACCUCAUGUGGAGAUUUGUCAGCAAGUGUGUGAUUGCAGUGAGGAAUUGUCUUUUUACAGCCAUUGCUUACCUUCAGCUGCCUUGCUAUAAGAGUCAGAUUAGAAUCCAACUGCCUUCAUAGAGAAGUUAAAAGCUGUGGGGUAAAGAUAAAGGGAUGCCACCACUGUGGUGUGAAAAGACAUUUCCUCACUGCCUCCUUUGACAAAUUUUCAUAUGAGGGUCUAGAAGUGUAAAUUCACAUGUUUUGCUAUUUCAACACAUUCAAGACUGACAUGUAAAGAUCCACAUUUGAAUGAUAUCACUGUGACUUGUCUGCCUCACACUCAUCACUACAAACACCACAAUGAAUAGAACAUAAUACAUUUCAACCUAAGAACAGAGCCAAUCAUGCAUCACCAAAGACACAAUGAACACUGACACUGGUAACCUGCUUAAUAUUGGUCAUUGUUACUAUGGGCAUGAGUGAGAAGGAAAGGUACACUUGAGAUGCCGACAAGUCAAUCUGUCCCAGCCCAUUUUUUUAUGCUUACUGAGAAGCCUUAAGUAAAAUGCACUUCCUGAGUAGCAUGAAAUGCAAGAUUGGCAUGCAUUAACUGUAAGUGUGCAGGCAGCACAUAUUUAAGGACACAAAAUAUAAAAGGUUAGUUAAACAGACAGUGUACCAGAUUAAUGUGUCACUCUCCUAAUUGUACAGCAGUAGUAGCCAAGACAGAACUGGAUCUCUGCAAUUAAGACUGUCAGGAGAAACAGUAUAUUGAUUUUAUAGUGGAGUAAAUUUAUAAAAAAAAUAAAUAAAUAAUAUACUAUUUGCAGCCUCUGUAUACUGUGUCUGUGUCAUGUACCAGCAUCACAACUGGCUAACAUUAAACCUUAAACAUUUGUUCAUGAAUAAAUGAGGAGAGAACAAUAUACAAUGUGUGUUGUAAGAAGCAGGAGGAUGCUGGUCUCUUCUCCCUCAUGUAUAUAAUGAAGUACACUUCCUAUGGUAGUAGAUCUGAUAGGGCAGUGAGACAGGGGGUUCCAGUAGUGGCAGCACCUGUAAUGAUGAAAUUAAAAUUAAAGAAAGUUCAACUACAUUCAUGGGAAACAACAAUCAAGUAACUUGCUUGUGAAUGUAGAUGUGUAGAGAUGUCUUGUCUUCGCUACUGCCAUGUAAGAGUUGUAUCAGCCUGUUAUAUAAAUUUAUAUUGAAGUUGUCAAUAUAAAUUUAUAUUAAAGCAGUCAAUAAGAUUAAGAUUUAAUAGAAUAGAAAAUUUUGUGCCUUAAUUACCCUUAUCUGUUUGGGAUGAGAAACCUAUGUGUGUGCGCGCGCGUUUGUAUGUGUACAUGCAUGUGUAUGCACUACGCAUGUUUUAUUUUUAAACAAGGCAUUAUUAUGUAUAUAACUAGUUCUCCUAUGGUUUUCUCUCAUUCAACCUUCCCAUAAGUCAGUAUGACAGGGAAUGUUUGUAUAAAAUGUAUGUUGUCUUGGUUUACCCCAUUUAAUGGUAAUGGAACUGUCAGCUUGGUCAAUACUCAUAGAUUGAACUCUAUUUUUUGUUAGGAAAUGUCUACCAAUAAACAUUUACUUAUCUA